AUGGUUCUGCUAACACCACCACGAACUCCGGGCCGGGCCACGGCUACGGCGAUAGCGGGCUCGUCGAAGCGGCUUAUGGUGAACUUUAUUGGUUCGAUGUCUUUGUUAGCUUUGUGGUUGAAAAAAGCUAGCCGAGGAAUUAAAACCCAAAAACUCGGGGGCGAUUCGCCUAAAUCGCCGUUGGAUAAGCCAAAGAAGUUCUUCGCGACGAUUAGUAACAAGGCAAUUAAUUUGAGGCACAAGAAAAAAGCGGAAGGGGAGCUGGUUGAUGAGGAUUUUGGAGAUGGAGGAUUGUGGCAGAGAGGUAUUUUGAUGGGUGAUAAAUGUCAGCCGUUGGAUUUCUCCGGCGUGAUUUAUUAUGAUAGCAACGGGAAUCGUUUGCCGGAGGUGCCGAUGAAAUCGCCGAGGGCAAGUCCGUUGCCGAGUUAUCUUUACGCUUCGCCAAGGAAAUAUGGGCACCCUGGAACUGAAAGAUGUGGUGAUAUAUGA